AGGAGGAGGAGCUGCCGCUUCGGCUCUCGGGUUUCCCUUGGCUUCGUGCGUAUCCGUUAUUUGGUUGGCAGUGCAGCUGAGCCGAGAGCUUGGAGGAACGUGCGAGAGAGUGAGGCGUCGGAGCAGGCGCGUGGAUGGCUGGCACCGUGCGGCGCUGGAAGCGGAUCGAGCGGGAGAAACCUUUAACGAGAGCCUUUUCUUUAACGACGUAGGUUUUAACUGAGGCUCGGUGGAUUUUUUUUUCUUCUUUUUAACAGGUUAACGCCCAGAUGACCAUCGUCACCACCAAAGAGAAUUAAGACGCCCGUUGAUAUUAGCACCAAAGAAAAGAACCACUCCUGUUUCAUAGAAGUGCGGAUUUUAAUGUAGAGGCUUUAUUUUAUCUAAGACCGUGAAAGGCAGGGGGGACAGAGGAGGAGGAAGAGGAGGUGUGGAUAAAGCAUCGAUAAUUAGCUUGACCGGUUUCUUGGAAUUUAUCACUUUUCUUUCAAAUGCCGGAAAAUUCUUUAAGGUCAAAAAAACGGAGAUGCGCAUAAUCGCACGAUUCCGGGACUUGCAAGCGAUUGGAUUUACUGAUAGCCAUUGAAAUGAUCAUGUUGUGGAAUAAUACGACUUUGUUUAGCUCCUUUGGAUGGCUCUGAGGCACUUGAAACAAAUGUCUUUUUGAUUUAAUUGGCACAGGAAGCCACACGUUUUGUGCUAAAUAACAUUUCAAGAAGAGGCACUGGGGAGCGGUUUGCGGCUCCUCGGGAUUGCAGCCAUGGAUAGUGAAGUGUUCACUCCUCAGCUGGAGCAAUUUAUGCUCACUCCUUUGGUGACAUGGAUUAAGACAUGUGGCUCAUUUACCACGAAGGACUGUGGCAAACUUGCAGAAUAUAUGGAGUUAGUGGAUGGAGUGUAUCUGAACGACGUAAUGCACCAGAUCAAUCCAGAUGAUUCCGCUCAGCGAGCAAAUAGGAAAGUGAACAACGACAUAACUCUCCGGAUGCAAAACGUAUCAAUUCUUGUCCGGCAGAUCAAAUCCUACUACCAGGAUACUUUGCAACAGUUAAUAAUGAUGCCUCUUCCCGAUGUCCUUGUGCUGGGGCGGAAUCCUCUGUCUGAACAAGGUCUGGAUGAAAUGAAGAAACUGCUGCUGCUUUUACUUGGUUGUGCAGUUCAGUGUGAGAAAAAAGAAGAGUAUAUUGAAAAAAUUCAGACGUUGGACUUUGACACGAAAGCUGCAAUUGCAUCUCACAUCCAAGAGGUUACGCAUAAUCAGGAGAAUGUAUUUGACCUGCAGUGGAUGGAGGUGACUGAUUUGUCCCAUGAAGACCUUGACUCGCUUUUAAGGAAUAUGGCAUUUCAUUUAAAACGACUCGUAGAUGAGAGAGAUGAAUGUGCUGAGGCGAUUGUGGAACUUUCCCAGGAGCGGGAGUGUAGCCAUAUUCCACCCCUUGUAUCAUCAGUACCGUCCCCUAAUGGAUCGCCAAGUAUGCGGCGCACCGAAAGCAGACAACAUUUAUCUGUGGAGCUGGCAGACGCAAAGGCAAAGAUAAGAAGGCUUAGACAGGAGCUGGAAGAAAAAAGUGAGCAACUAAUGGAUUGCAGACAGGAGCUUGAACAUAUGGAAACAGAACUGAAGAAACUUCAGCAAGAGAGUAUGCAGCUUCUGGCAGAUGCUCGUUCAGCCAGGGCGUAUCGUGAUGAGCUGGAUGCUCUUAGAGAAAAGGCAGUUAAAGUUGACAAGUUGGAGAGCGAAUUAGGACGAUACAAAGAAAGGCUUCAUGAUAUUGAAUUUUACAGAAUCAGAGUGGAGGAACUAAAAGAAGACAAUCAAAUUCUUUUGGAAACAAAGACAAUGUUAGAAGAUCAACUUGAAGGUUCCAGGGCACGCUCUGACAAAUUACAUGAGCUAGAAAAAGAAAAUCUACAAUUAAAGGCAAAGAUUAAUGACAUGGAAUUGGAUCGGGACAUUGACAGAAAGAGAAUUGAGGAGUUGUUGGAGGAAAACUUAACUUUAGAAAUGGCUCAGAAGCAAAGCAUGGAUGAGUCAUUGCAUCUUGGCUGGGAGCUGGAGCAACUAUCUAAGACAGCGGAACACUCCGAAGUUCCUCAAAAAUCACUAGGGCAUGAAGUUAAUGAACUUACUUCUAGUCGACUAUUGAAGCUGGAAAUGGAAAACCAGGCUCUCUUGAAAACGGUGGAAGAACUUAGGACUAUAACUGAUCCAUCUGAAGAAAGUAACUCAAGAAUUUUAGAAAUUGAGAAAGAAAACCAGAGAUUAAAUAAAAAGUUGGAAAGACUGGAAAAUGAAAUGAGCAUCGACAAGCAAAGUUUACAAAAUGCAGAAAAUCUAAGCAGUGAUCUGAUGAAAGAAAAGGCUCAGCUUGAAAAGACUAUUGAGACUCUUCGAGAAAACUCGGAAAGACAGGUGAAAGUACUGGAGCAAGAAAAUGAGCAUUUAAAUCAAACAAUAUGCUCUUUACGGCAGCGUUCACAAAUAAGUGCUGAAGCAAGAGUAAAGGACAUUGAAAAAGAAAAUAAAAUCCUCCAUGAGUCAAUUAAGGAGACAAGCAGCAAGCUGAAUAAAAUGGAAUUUGAAAGAAAGCAGCUCCGAAAGGAGCUUGAGCACUAUAAAGAAAAAGGUGAAAAGACAGAAGAAUUAGAAAAAGAAGUGCACCGUCUAGAACGAGAAAAUGAGCAGCUUCAAAAAAGGAUUACAACUCUGACAAUCACUUGUGAAAAAGUGGAAGCACUGGAGAAGGAAAAUGCUGACUUAGAUGUGGAAAACAGAAAGUUAAGGAAAAAGCUUGAUAGCUUAAAGAACCUUAGCUUUCAGUUAGAGACACUAGAAAAAGAAAAUGCUCAGCUUGAUGAUGAAAAUAUUAAGCUAAGGAGAACAGUGGAGUCUUUAAAAUCAUCGUCCAUCAAGGUUGCACAGCUGGAACUUGAAAACAAAGAGUUGGAGAACGAAAAGGAACAGCUGAAGAAGAGCCUGGAGUUAAUGAAAGCAACGUCUAAAAAAACUGAGCGCUUAGAGGUCAGCUUUCAGGGGCUUGAUACCGAAAACCAAAGGCUCCAAAAAGCACUGGAGAACAGCAACAAAAAGAUCCAGCAACUUGAAAGUGAACUUCAGGAUAUGGAAACUGAAAACCAGAGCCUACAGAAAAACCUUGAGGAGUUAAAGAUAUCGAGCAAGCGCUUGGAGCAGUUAGAAAAAGAGAAUAGGUUACUGGAUCAAGAAACUUCACAGCUGGAAAAAGACAAGAAACAACUGGAAAAAGAGAACAAGAGGCUACGGCAACAGGCUGAGAUCAAAGACUCCACUCUCGAUGAUAACAACAUAAAAAUUGUCAACUUGGAGAAGGAAAAUAAAUCCCUGAUGCGUGAAGUGAAUGUGUUCAAGGAGACCUGUGUAAGGAUAAAAGACCUGGAAAAGGAGAAUAAAGAGCUUGUUAAGCAAUCAACAAUCGAUAAAAAGACUUUAGUCACUCUAAGAGAGGAACUUGUAAAUGAGAAGUUGAAGACUCAGCAGAUAAACAACGAUCUUGAAAAGCUGACACAUGAACUUGAAAAAAUUGGACUUAACAAGGAAAGACUCUUGCAUGAUGAACAGUCUACAGAUGACAGUAGGUUCAAGCUUUUAGAAUCAAAACUUGAAUCAACUUUAAAGAAAUCCCUUGAAAUAAAAGAAGAGAAGAUUGCAGCCCUUGAAGCACGCCUCCAGGAAUCUUCAAACUUGAACCAGCAGCUUCGACAAGAACUUAAGACUGUGAAGAAGAAUUAUGAAGCACUUAAGCAGAGGGAGGAGGAGGAGAGAUUGAUGCACAACACUCCUCCCAAGGGACAUGAAGACACUCGCACAAUCAGUAAAUGGGAAAAGGAAAGCCAUGAAGCAACCAGAGAGCUUCUGAAAGUUAAAGAUAGACUAAUAGAGGUGGAAAGAAAUAAUGCAACACUUCAGGCAGAAAAGCAGGCUCUCAAGACACAACUUAAGCAGCUGGAGACACAGAAUGACAAUCUGCAAGCUCAAAUCCUGGCUCUUCAGAGACAGACUGCCUCCUUGCAAGAACAUAACACAACACUACAAACACAAAAUGCUAAACUGCAGGUUGAAAAUUCAACUCUAAACUCACAAAGUGCAGUGCUUAUGGCACAGACGUCCCAGCUGCAGUUUCAGUAUACCAGCAUGGAGAAUGAAAAUGAAUUUCUGGUCAAGGAGAAAGAAGAUCUGAAGUCCAUGUACGACUCCCUAGUAAAAGAUCACGAAAAGCUAGCAGGUCUUCAUGAACAUCAGGCUGCUGAGUAUGAGUCUCUGAUUAAUAAGCAUGGGAACCUUAAAUCUGUUCAUAAAAAUUUAGAAAUGGAGCAUAAAGAUCUUGAAGACAGAUACAAUCAACUACUGAAGCAAAAAUCCCAGUUGGAAGAGCUGGAGAAAGUUCUUAAAGCGGAGCAAGAAAAAAUGCUUUUAGAAAACAAGGCUCAUGAAACAACAGCAGCAGAGUAUCAGAAGUUACGUGAAGAAAACGACAAGUUGAAUCAAACAUAUAAUCAGUUACUGAAGGAGAAUGAUGGUCUUCAAGCAGAUCAUAAGAGUAUGAAAAGUCUUCUGAACAGUGCAAAGCUGGAGCAAACUCGGCUUGAGGCUGAAUUUUCAAAAUUAAAAGAGCAGUAUCAACAACUAGACAUAACAUACACAAAACUUAACAACCAGUGUGAGUUGCUAAGUCAGUUAAAAGGAAACCUGGAAGAAGAAAAUCGACAUUUGCUUGAUCAAAUUCAAACAUUGAUGCUUCAGAAUAGAACAUUACUGGAGCAAACUAUGGAAAGCAAGGACCUCUUUCAUGUGGAACAGAGGCAAUACAUAGACAAGCUGAAUGAGCUGCGGAGACAGAAGGAGAAGCUAGAAGAAAAGAUAAUGGACCAAUAUAAAUUUCAUGAUCCUUCUCCCCCAAGGAGAAGAGGUAACUGGAUCACCCUGACAAUGAAAAAGUUUAUAAAACCAAAGAAUCGAGAGCGUAUAAAAUCAAUAACUAUUACUCCAACACGGUCUGAAUCAAGUGAGGGAUUUUUGAACUUACCUCAACAAGACAGUCAGGAUAGCUCUUCGGUGGGUUCUGGCUCCAACUCUCUUGAUGACAGCCUUUCAUUUGGAAAUAAAAAAAGCAGCAUGGCUGCACUGAAAAGAUUUCCCUUUAUGAGGAACAGACCGAAGGAAAAAGACAAAAUGAAGGCCAUCUAUCGUCGUUCCAUGUCCAUGAAUGACCUGUUGCAAACCAUGGUCGUGGCAGGAGGACAAUGGGAAGGUAGUUCUGAGAAUCUGGAUGGGCCUGAUGAUGCUUCUUCCAGGCUGAGAAGGAAAGAACUUGGAGCUAUGGCCUACUCUACUACAGCAAUCAACAGUGCCACACUGAAUCCUUCAGCUGGCCUCAGAUCCAAGAACAAGCAUAAAGCUAAAGACAAUGCAUCGUGUGAAGAUGUGGCUCCACGGGUCACAGAAGAACCUAGCAGUGGGUUACGGGUUCAAGGAGUGCAGAAUAUUAGCUCUGCAGAUGCUCUUGCUCCUCCUGUUCUUGGCACUUCUACAAUGUGCAGAAUUCCUUGUAACAUCUGUUCUUCCAGGCCAUCCAGUCUUGAUAGUGGCAAGACAAGCAGUAGUAAUAGCAAUAAUAAUGCAUCGCCGCUCGAAGCUCAAGCAGAUGCUGUCAAUGGGAGUCAGAGUCGACCACAAAGUCAAAGCAGCGGUGAAUUUAGUUUGAGCGUUGAUGCUGAAGUGUGGUCAAGUGGCAGUAGUCCAGUCCAGCAACCUGGCCAGGCUUAUCCGAGAUCUUCAAAACAGAGUCCUUUGUUUUUUCGAAAAACACUGGAAAUUCAGAAUCAGCAGAAGAAAAAAACAGCUUCUCCUGGAAGUGAGGUUGUUUCUUUGCAGCAGUUUUUGGAAGAAAGCAGCAAAGUAUCACCAACAAAUUCGGAAAGCCAAGAGAACCUUGUGACUGAGACUGCGAGGCGAAGCAGCGACUCCACAGAGACGACAGGGAAAUUGCGAAGAGAGAGGAACUCUGCUGGCAGCCGAGGCAUCAUUCGGUCAUCGAGUGGCAAAACAACAGUGGAUUUUUCUGAUGGCAGGCCCCCCAAACCUGGACAGAUAGUCAGACCUAGCCUGAGGAAAGCGGAGAGCACUCGUGUUAAAAGCACAACAGCUAAGCCUACAUUAGGAACACAGGGAAAGGCCACAUCGCUUGCUGAAAAACUAGACAAUGUUCAACAGCAAACAGCACAGAAGGACUGCAGCACUUUUUCCACAUUACCCCGUGCCAGUAGCGUGAUCUCGACUGCAGAAGGUUCUACGCGGAGGACAAGCAUUCAUGACUUUAUGUCCAAAGACAGUAGGCAACCAGUGUCUGUUGAUCCUUCUCCAUCUAAAUCAGAAUGCCAUGACCAAGAAGAAUUCAAUAUGGAAAGUUCACAAGAAUCCAGAAAAUCAAAAAGCAGAUCUGGGGAGCAACAUAGCUCCUAAACAUAGCCACCUACCACCAACAAAAUUGACUACGUGAGAGAAAAGUGAACUUCAAGUUGUCAUUUUGAAGCCUUUAUGUCUGGUCUACUGAGACUCUUCCCUGAACUUUGUGUUUGUAAAGCUAACAAAACGAUUUAUGAGCCCUCCUUCAGUAGAGCAUGUUAGAGGCACCAGAACUUUCCUUGAAUCAAGGAACAGUAUUGGACUUCAGUUACAGAAAAACACAUUUUAAGGACCGAAGAACGUUUUGGCAAUUUGCACUGCAGCUCAGUUUUUUAAUAACUGUUGAUGCAAAUUUUAGGACCAAUGUGGUGUAAUGGUGCCAACGUCUGUUCCAGUAGAGACACUUUCACAACUGGAAGAAGAAGAAGAAUCAUUCGCACAUCUGACAAAUGCUUUAAUUGAGACUGUGUGCUACUUCUUGUUUUGCUUUCUUGUAAAUAGGAAGCAUGUACACAAGUGGUGGAAAUCGGCUGAAUUCUGCUUUUGCUCCAACCUCUAGGCAUGAAGACACACAGCCUUUUGAUUUUACCAUGUUCUGCAUGAAGCAAUCUGAAUAUCUCUGUAAAAACACGACAAGGCCUUGAGUUACACAGUCUAUUGUACCAGGUUCAUCAAAGCAACACUUACUACAUGAACAUUGAAUUGUUCUUCACUUGUACUGAUGCAGAAUGUUUACAUGCCGAAAAGUGUGAGUCGCUGAAGCAGCUGAGUGAAAACACAACCUUCUAGUAAAUGUACAGGUACAGUGACUUUCUGACUGGUAUUCAUUUAAUCUAGCUAGCACCCUUUUAAUAACUGUGAUUCUGUAAAGAUCAUUUCCUUUUCCACUUUUACAUAAAUGCAUUUGAUGUGUUUAAUGGUCUUUGUGCUUCUGAGACUUUUAUUAAACAUUAAAAUGCCA